GUAUAUAAGGCCCGGUGGGUCAGUAUUUCGUUAGAUUACUCGACAGUACAGUCGUAUACACAUCUACCUCUUUAACCAUGAAAUCCUUUGUUGCUUUCGCCGCCAUCUUGGCCUGCGCCGCCGCCGCUCCCGGAGUCCUGCUGGCUCAUGAGCCAGUAGUCGCCGUGCACUCCGCCCCAGUGGUGCACACCGUCCCGGUCGUGGGCUCCAAGACCACCAUCACUAAGUCCAGCCAGGUGGUCAACCAUGGCUCCCCCGUGCACACCGUCCAUGCCGUGCACACCCCAGUGAUUGCUGCCUCCCCUGUGGUCGUUAAGACUGUGCACGCUGCCCCCAUCGUCCACUCUGCUCCCAUUGUCCACUCUGCUCCUAUCGUCCACUCUGCUCCCAUCGUCCACCCUGCCCCCAUCGUCCACUCCGCCCCCAUCGUCCACUCCGCUCCCGUGGUUCACGCUGUCCACGCCGCCCCCCUGAUCGUGAAGACCGCCCCCUCCGCCGUCGCUCACUCCAGCUCAGUCGUCCACCACGGAGCUACCGUCGUCAAGACCGUCCCCCUCCUUGCUGUCCACCAUUGAUUUGAUUACCUUCAAUGAAGGCUAGACUAAUAUAAAAAAUAAUAUAUAUUUUUUUACGUA